AUGCAGUACCUUAUCGCUUCUUACGUUCAAAAUGGAGCAGCUGCGGUUACGCAAGAAGCAAACAAAAUUGAUCUCCAAAUUCGUCAGUGUAGUCAGUACGUUGACCAGACCUCGUCGGACCAUUACCUUAAGCGACAAAACAAGAUUAUCCCGGAAGGUCGAGGCUCAGUUCUGCUCCUAGACAGUCGAUCCAACGAUAAAACAAACAAAGGGUUCCAAUUAAACAGAAAUCAAAAUUCACUUUUUGCACGAUGUGUUCCUGGGAUGUUGAAAGCAGACAAUGAUUGUUCUCAAGUCUUUUAUCAAUGUAUUCUUUCCGGUGUGUUCAUCAAACGUCGUUGUAAAGAGAACUACCGGUUUGACCUUUCUUACAAAAGGUGCAGAGAAAUAACGUUGUUACCAAAAUGUGGCAAAGCUUCUGCUCCAUUGGACGGAAGACUACCGAAUGAAAUAACCCCAGCGACUACCGCUGUUCAGACUGGUCAGCUUGAAAUGAUUAUGGAGCCGAAAGAACCCGAAUAUGUCUCACCACCGGUUUAUUACACUGUCUUACCUUUUGUUGAUGCCUUUGACAUGCCGUUUUACCACAGUUACUUGGCUCAAAGUAUGCCCUACUUCAGCAUUAAUCAAGCUGGUGGCAACGCUUACGAUCUGUUCAACAUUCAAGCAAAUCCUGCUGUCACUUCAAGUCGAGGCCUGAGUCCAUUCCUUAACCCUCCAGUACCUAGCUUAUUCGAUCACUUUGAAGUUCUUUCAUCAAAUGGGUUGGAUGGAAACAAAAUAGCAGUAGGGUCAACAAACGAAAAAGGUUCUUUAGCUGUUACUAGAGACCACGGAAUCUCAGCUAGCACAGAACCGGCGCCUAAAAAAAGUCAGAACACAGAUGCACCCAUCAAGAAUGUUAACGAAAUCAAACGAUAUUUCCAAGAAACAGAACCAGCGCCAUCCAUGACGGGAGUUAAUUUAAAGAAAUCUAGGGUAAUUGGGACAGGCUUAGAGAACACAGAAAACAUUGCACUCCCGCGGGAGACUGCAAAACACGCUCGAACUGUGAAGGAUUCUGAAAAUGUUGAUGACAAAGUGAAAAUGGAUAUGUUUGGAGUGAACAACAGAGAUUACUCCCCGGAACAGCUAAGCGCGCAAGAAACGAAAGAACAACAGCAUCGUGACAACCGGUGGCUCGCUACUGAAUCGGUAUAUAUCUCGAAUGAAAAUAACCGUGAGACAAGUGGAACGUCGCCGCGAAAAGUCGAAAAAACGUUUGGAGAGAUCCAGAACGAAAAUAUUGACACUGAUUUUACUAGGAACGCAGUUCUCAACAGCUUACCAAAUAGCUCGGAUCAACAGUCAGAAAAAACGCUGAACAGUGUGCGAACAGCCGAGUUGAAAAAUAAUCAACAACCCGAACAAAUAACAGAAGAUAAACUGGAAGAAGUACGAAGUGACCCUGCAGCCAAUUUAGUAUCUGAGAACAGAGAUUACGAAAAGAAAAUGUUACAAAACUUAAAGGCUACUCAACUUUACGAUGCAAAUACAGAAUCGAAAGUCGAGAAGCCUUCAGAAAGUGAAGCGUCCGAGAGUUCCUCAAGUAAUGCACCAACUGAUAAAAUGAUGGUCCAUCGGCACGAGAACGGGAAGUUAGCCGGUGACCCAGUUGAAGCAAGUGCAAGUACGAGUGAGCCGCAGCUGGUAGUUACUAGUAAUUUCAAGGAUAACGGACAGAAGGAAGUCAUGGAUACAUUAAGUGGUACGCACAAUGAUGGAUCGACACACUUGAAUGUGCAAGAAAGUCUGGAGAGAGGAGGUAAGGGACAGGAGACUGGAACUAGUGCGGGCCAGGUCAUGUCGCCUACAUAUGACGAGACGCCUUCGGUAGAACAAUCACAUUUUGAAGAUGGCAAAGAAUCUGACAGAGGGGAUUUAGAAACUCAAGGCGCCUCUCUAACUGAAAUAGAACAGGCCCCAACCGAUUCUGCAUUUUCUAAUAAUACGCGAAUUGUUGGAAGUGUAGCUAAAGGGAAUGGAGACGAGCUCUUUUCAAAAAAAGGAAGAAUCGGAGGUGGAAUUGUGGCUUCGGACAUGGAUGCUUCUGCGGUCGAUCUGGAAAAGGCCGCUGUAGCCAAGCAGAGCAGUGGUCUAGAGACAACUCGUCACGGAACAAGCACUGGCGACGAAAGUAUAUCCACUUCUCUCUUAAAUAGCAGGACAUCUGAUGUACUUGGAGAACCCAUGAAAGAAGAUGGUAACAAAAAUUCAAUGUACAGUUAUGAAUCUUCCCAUAAUUCAAUUGAUUCUUCCCCUGCCACUAUUGAAGCAGCAGUCGAGGUUAAAGCAGUACAAAGUGAUACAAGGAACAAGGUCUUCGGGCAAUCAGUUACGGACGAGUACAAUAAGAAUGUAAUGAAAAAGGGACCAGAAGUAGAAGGAACACUGGAUGCCGGAACAGUUAAGUCAGUACAAAGAGACAUCCAGUCUUACAAGCUUUCGGAGGAAAAAAACGACGAAAUCAACAAGCAGAUGACCGUCGACAAGAGUGGCACAUUCAGCGAAGUCGAUCUACAGUCUAAAAAAGCGAUGGAAGGACAGCUACACCCUGGUGCGAGUGAUACAUCUGCAGCCAGUGAAAUAAAAAGCGGGUUACGGAACGAAGGGUUGCCAAGCACAAGCGUUAAACAAGAGGUUUUUAGCGAAGAGUCUAAAAGCUAG